AUGGAUGGACAAGGAUUUGUGUCCAUGGCAGCACUGCAAAUGUCUCGUGAAUGGCUCGGUAUCCAGCAGUUUCCACCUGCUACUCAAUCUAAAUUGCUCGAGAUCCUUGGGAAGUAUAAAGAAGAGGAUGUGAGCUCGUUAACAGUAGUUGUAAUGGGAAAAGGUGGUGUUGGAAAGUCAUCGACUGUGAAUUCAGUUAUGAAUGAGAAAGCUGCUGCAGUUAGUACUUUCCAGUCUGAAGGACUGAGGCCAUCUUUGGUCUCUCGCUCAAGGUCGGGGUUUACAUUGAAUAUCAUCGACACUCCUGGUCUUAUUGAGGGAGGAUAUGUGAAUGAUCAAGCCAUCAACCUUAUAAAAGGAUUUCUCCUCAACAAGACGAUAGAUGUGCUACUCUAUGUAGACCGUUUGGAUGUAUACCGAGUGGAUGACUUAGAUAGGCAAGUUGUCAAUGCGAUAACCGAUGCAUUUGGUAAAGAGAUAUGGAAGAAGUCUGCUCUUGUCCUCACCCAUGCUCAGUUCUCUCCACCGGACGGAUUAAAUUAUGAUCUCUUUGUCUCCAGAAGAUCUGAUGCUCUUCUGAAAGUUAUCCGUGCAGGCGCUCAACUGAAGAAACAUGAAAUUCAGGCUUCAUCUAUUCCCGUCAUUCUUGUUGAGAACAGUGGAAGAUGUCAUAAGAAUGAUAAUGAUGAAAAGAUUCUUCCCGACGGAACUGCUUGGAUUCCCAGUCUGGUCAACACACUCACAGAGAUAUCCUUUAAUGGCAACAAGUCGAUUCACGUUGACAAGAAACUGGUCGAUGGACCAAACCCAAACGAAAGAGGAAAACGACUAAUCCCUUUAAUCUUUGCAUUCCAAUACCUGUUAGUGAUGAAGCCACUGGUUCGAGCAAUCAAGUCAGAUGUUGGAAGAGAGAGUAAACCGGCAUGGGAGGUGCGAGACUCCGGUUCAGCAAAUCGAAGGUCUUAA